AACUGAAAGCGUUCUGCAAUGUCUGGCCGUGGUAAGCAGGGAGGAAAAGCUCGGGCUAAAGCCAAGUCUCGCUCUUCUCGCGCUGGUCUGCAGUUCCCUGUAGGCCGCGUGCAUCGCCUCCUCCGGAAAGGCAACUAUGCUGAGCGGGUUGGCGCGGGAGCUCCCGUUUAUAUGGCUGCUGUGCUUGAGUAUCUGACAGCCGAAAUCCUGGAACUAGCGGGCAAUGCUGCUCGAGACAACAAGAAAACUCGCAUCAUUCCGCGUCACUUACAGCUGGCUAUUCGCAACGACGAGGAGCUGAACAAACUCCUGGGCAAAGUGACAAUCGCUCAGGGCGGCGUCUUGCCUAACAUCCAAGCGGUUCUGCUGCCCAAGAAAACUGAGAGUCACAAGCCAAAAAGCAAGUGA